UUGACUCCAAUCUCUGCCUCUGUGGCCACCUUGCCUUCCCCUCUCUAUAUCUUCUCUCUUCUCUUCUGUCUCUUACACGGACACUCGUCAUUGGAUCAGGACCCACCUGGGGUAGUCAAGGAUGAUCUCAUCUUGUGAUCCUUAAUUAUAUCUGCAGAGACCCGUUUUCCAAAUAGGGUCCUGUUCACAGGGUCCAGGUGGACAUGAAUUUGGGGGCCAUCAUUCAGCCCACCAGAGAGUGUCUCUGUGGGCAUGCCUAGGAGUAAAAUGGGCAGGUCAUAGGAAAUGCACUUCUCUCCCAUCCUCAGUACAGCCCUCGGAAGUAGCUGUCCUGCUUUACGUCCCCACCUACAGGGUACGAGCUUCUCUUUGUGCCACAACCCUGCACACACUCUUUGGCAGACUUUUUAAUUUUUGUUGAUCUAAAGGAUAAGAAACAGUAACUCGUUGUGGACUUACUUUGCACAUCCCUAAUUCCUGGUGAAUUUGAUCAACUUUUCAUAUAUUUAUCAGCCAUGGAGUUUUCCUCUUCUAUGAAUGAAUAACCCUAUACCUUCCAAUUUGAAAUCAGAAGCAAAAAAGGCUGCUAAAAUUCUGAGAGAAUUCACAGAAAUAACUUCCAGAAAUGGACCAGAUAAGAUCAUUCCUGCCCAUGUAAUUGCUAAAGCCAAGGGCCUUGCGAUCUUGUCUGUGAUCAAAGCUGGAUUUCUGGUAACUGCGCGAGGAGGCAGUGGGAUCGUGUUGGCGCGUCUUCCAGAUGGAAAAUGGUCUGCACCUUCUGCCAUCGGGAUAGCCGGGCUCGGUGGAGGAUUUGAAAUAGGAAUUGAGGUAUCGGAUUUGGUAAUAAUUUUGAAUUAUGGCAGAGCAGUAGAAGCUUUUGCGAAAGGUGGUAACCUCACACUCGGAGGGAAUUUCACUGUAGCAGUUGGGCCCCUGGGAAGGAAUUUAGAAGGAAAUGUCUCCCUAAGAAGUUCUGCCGCUGUCUUUACGUACUGCAAAUCCAGAGGACUCUUUGCUGGCAUAUCUUUAGAAGGUAGCUGCUUGAUUGAAAGGAAAGAAACUAAUCGAAAGUUUUACUGUCAAGAUAUCCGGGCUUAUGACAUUUUAUUUGGAGACACACCACGGCCCGCUCAAGCAGAAGAUCUUUAUGAAAUUCUUGAUUCCUUUACUGAGAAGUAUGAAAAUGAGGGACAACGGGUCAACGCGAGGAAAGAGGCGAGGGAGCAGAGGAAGGCUAAAGAGUUACCCCCAAAACCAUCGUGGCAACCACAGCCGCCUGCACAGGUGCGGCUGAACUCUGGCUCUCCAAGCAACAGAAACGAAUAUAAGCUCUAUCCUGAACUUUCCAGCUAUCAUGAGAGAGUUGGCAAUUUGAGUCAACCCAUAGAAGUCACAGCACUGUAUUCUUUUGAAGGACAGCAGCCGGGGGAUUUGAAUUUUCAAGCUGGAGACAAAAUCACCGUUAUAUCAAAAACAGAUUCACAUUUCGAUUGGUGGGAGGGAAGGCUUCGAGGUCAAACUGGCAUUUUUCCAGCCAACUAUGUUACCAUGAAUUAAAGUUUAUAUUAUUUUCUUCUUUGAGAACUACCAAAAGAUUAUUUCUACACUGAGAGGAUUUGCCAUUCAGUUAACCCAUGUUUAAUAUAAGUUAAAAAAUACUUCUUGUUUAUUCCAUAAACUUUUAAUCCAGUAUGUAAAAAAUUUUGUUUUACUAUGUAUAAGUAAAUGAUUAACUUACAUAUCUUUAGAUACUUUGUACUAAUUUUAUCACAUAUACUAUUAAUAGUUAAUAUCCUCCAAUUAUAUGGCUGGUUCUUUUGUGUUAAUUUUCAGACAUCACAAAUGUUUGAUUUAGCUGUGUCUGUGAUAACUAUUUUAAUUUCAGAAGUGUAAGGGUGGGGCAUGAAUACUAAUUCAUAUAUUUCUAUUUGCAAAGUGACUCAAGAAGGAGAAAUCAGCUUAAGUAGGGUAUUAAGUAAUAUUUAGAGUUGUAGGUAUUAACUAGAAUAUGAAUCCUUAAAAAGUAUCUUUCUACCUUCAAGAUCGUAUAUAUACAUUUAUAGUAGAAACACACUAUUACAAAGGAGUUCAACCACUAUGCGUUAAAAAACAAUGACAUCUAUUAACUUUUCUUCAUGAGGUUAUAUCUGUUCGUUUAUAGCAGUAGAAUCAACUUCUGUUGACAUGGUUCAGUUGUCCCUAAAUAAAUGUUUUUAAAUGCUAAGUUAAUGUCUUGAUUUUCUUUUUCUUAUUUUCUUUUUGUAAAAUAGGCAGAGGUCCUGUGGUUGGUCUGCAGGUUAAAACCCACCUCCAUGAUUGGGCUGCAUAACUUCUUUUUUUUUUUCAGCUUUAUUGAUGUAUUAUUGACAAAUAAAAUUGUAAAAUAUUUAAAAGGUACAAUG